AUGCCGUGCGAAUCGCCCGCCAUCGCUGCACAUCAUUGGGAGCCACCGAUGAUCCCAAACGUGGGCCCCGGCGCCUGGCGCUGUCCUCACCCUGUCCCAGCUAGCAUCGAAGCGCACGGCCAGGCCUUGCCUGACAUGGCACAGACGAACGCCAAUUCUUCGACUUCUAGGUUCAUCGUCCUUCUCUCUUGGUAUCACAAUGUCACCUUCCAAGUUGCCGGAGACGCUUUACAUCGUACGGAUACCUCCUCUUCUUCAUGGUUCCAAUCCCCCAACCUCGGGUCCCGCAACACAAGCGAGCAGCAAGCAGCAGCAGGAUGGGUCAUGGGUGGCAUGGCACAUCCCUCUUCGGAGGAGCCAGAAAAGCAAAUAAGCAUGCUCUGGCGUUUUGACUCGCCGCCAGCCCGAAACAAUUCAAUCAAAGGCCAUGGAAGCCCGGACUCGGGACCAGCGUAUCCCGCACGUCAAGUAAACUCUUCGACGAGAGUUACUUGGCAGAUUCUUCGAUCAAGUAACAGCAACGUGCCAGACCUCUUGUGCGCCGCCGGAGGAGGACCAGCUCGCCUCGCCAGAUUGGGGUCCUACAUGUCCGUAUGGUUCCAUUUUGCCACCGGCUUUGCAGAUUUGCAGCCCUCGUCAAGUCUCUUCCUCUUUUUUGUUUUUCUCUCAGUCCUUUUCGUCUCACAAUUCGCCCUCGACAUUUCUGCUGUAGCCCCAGAGAAGCUAAGGCAGCCCGCUAUGCGACCCGGCGGGCCACAUGGUCGGAGAGACUUCGUCCAAAGUUUCGGCCAUAAGGAGAAGCUUGAACGGGACCGUCAAGCGCCACGAGCAGCGACAAGCUCUGUGGCUCCUCCUACGCAUCUGAAGACCGAAGCAUGUCGGACCUUGCGGUCAAGUCCCGUACGGGGCAACGUUAUCGAGAUACCUCGUCGAUUCUCCAGUCCAGGCCUCGAUACUCAUCUGCUACAGGUCAGACUCUCCAACGAACGACCGGGCCUCGAGAUGAGCGACCAGGGGACUGGGCCAGCAAGACUGGAGAGAGUGGGAGACUAA